CUACUUUAUAGAAUAACAUUUUAUUUGUCGUGUAUGAAUUACUAACCAUUGCUGAUGGACAAAAAUACCACCUGCACUGCAGAUACUAAUAAUCGUUUUAUAAAGAUCGGUUUUCGUGCGCUAGGUGGCACUUGUUGCAUUCAAACCCAUCUGUGAGCUGGUGGAUUAUUCCAAGAUAAAACAUUAACCGUUAUUAUUCAUCCCUUGUUUGAAGAUUUGCCUAUAUAUUACCAAAAUUAUUAGUGUUUUAAUACGUUAAGCCAUAGUUUAGUUAAUCCUAAAAUCUGUUUUUAAAAAAGUAGGCCUAUACCCACUGAAAGUUUUCGUAGGCGGUAUGCCUAUUAAGCACUCUCGCUACAACGCUUGUUACAAACUACAUUUGGUCAGAAGUGUCCUUUUUUACAAUUCCUACAGUCAUACUAAAACGAAUGUGUUCUAUUAGUUUGGGAAUAAAAGUCAAACUAUUUUCCGUACAGCAGGAAAAAAAAUAAAGAACUAAAUAUUUAUCUAUCUGCAUAAAAUAACGUUUUUCCUUUGCGUUGAAGUAAAGAUAUUCUUUUUGUAUCUUGCACUAUUUUUCAGUUGUCUUUCUGAGCAUGUUUUACAUUUCCAUAAGGGUCCCUCCUCCUCUGUGUUUAUAGCGCGCUCUCGGACAGCCGAGCGCUCAAAGUGAGACAGAAGUCGAGCGGACUUCACUGAGGACUCCACCUGUUUCAAAGGCUGAUGUGGCCAUGAACACACUUCCUGAAAAAGGAUGGCAUCUAAAUGUCAGUCUUCAGAUGCCCUGCCGCAAAACCUGACUGUUGGAACCAUGAUGUGGGAAUCGAACCUCUCCAAAUCUUCACAGGACGGCACUGGCAAGAGCGCCAGCUGUGGCUCUGUGUCCGUGUUUUUUCCCAUCACUAUGAUGAUCACUGGAAUGGUCGGAAACUCUCUCGCGAUGCUGCUAGUUUAUAGUGCAUACAGAAAAAAGGAAAAUAAAAGGAAGAAAUCGUUUCUGCUUUGCAUCGGCUCGUUGGCGUUGACUGAUCUUUUCGGCCAGCUGCUCACAAGUCCGAUUGUCAUUUCGGUGUACAGAGCAGAUCUGAAAUGGAAACGCGUGGAUCCUUCGGGAACUCUGUGCGCUUUCUUUGGGGUGUGCAUGACCACUUUUGGCUUGUGUCCUCUCUUUUUAGCCAGUGCCAUGGCCAUUGAGAGGGCCUUGGCCAUCACUGCUCCUCACUGGUACUCGCAAUACAUGAAAACUAACGUGACCAAGCAGGUUCUGGUCAUCAUCUGGUGCCUGCUUUUGCUUUUUGCCUUAUUGCCCAUUGCUGGGGUUGGAAAGUAUACUUUGCAGUGGCCUGGCACUUGGUGCUUUAUAAGUACAGGUGACAAGAACGUAACGGGAAAUACAUUUUUUGCCACGACUUUUGCGGCAUUGGGGAUAUUUUCUUUGCUGGUCACGUUGUCGUGUAAUGUUAUGACCAUCCGUGCUUUGGUUACGCGUUGCAGAACGAAGGCAACCUCGACCCAGUCAUCCAAGCAAUGGGAGAGGUUAACAACAGAGACUGUUAUUCAGUUGAUGGGCAUUAUGUGUGUGCUGUUGACAUGCUGGUCACCUCUACUGGUCCUUAUGUUGAAGAUGAUCUCAACCCACACAUCCUCGCAUCAAUGCAAUUCUGCUGCUGUAUCUCUCUCAUCCCAGGACUUACAGAUGGACUGUAACUUCUUUCUCACAGCCAUACGUCUGGCCUCCCUCAAUCAGAUUCUGGAUCCAUGGGUUUACCUGCUCCUGAGAGAGAUUCUCCUGAGGAAGUUCUGCCAGGUGGCCAGCGCUGUAUCCAAGUGCUCACUGGACACGCAGAAGGAAACUCAGUGUCCUCUAAAUAAAAAGGCCAUUCAGAAUGAUAAUGUUCACAAACAGUCCCUAAACAUGGAGAACAGUAACUUGAAUGGGGGAAAUGAGGAACAGUGACUUGAUAGUGGUCCAGAAUUUUACAAAAUGAGGAUAAAAUGGCAGUCACCCACAGUCAGAAUAAUAAUGAGCUGGAAAUUUUCCAGAUGUAUUUGUGGAUUGUUGUAUUGAUGUAGGGUGAUGUCAGCAUGCUACCACGCAAACGCGUCACUCUUGUGUUGUUGUCACAGUCAAAGAGAUUUUGCUCAUGGUUACUCAGCAAGCUUUGAAAUGCGACAAAAUGGCAAGACCUUAAAAUAAUUACAUAUGCAGGGUUCCCCACUCUUAUGGAAUCAUUUGAAAAUGUCACGCAUGUUACAAAUGGAAAUGAAUUGUUCAAAAGGUGUGGGAAUCCUGCAUAUACAACAGCAAUAUUAGCAAAUUUGAUUUGGAUAAACAAAAGCGAAAUCAUAGACUGAUGUUUGCCAGCUCCCAUGGAGACUGAUUAUUUUAAACUACAUUCAGUGUUGGUACUAUAGCAAAAUCCUUUUAUUCACCUGCCAACUGCAAGGAAAAAAUGAAGGAAUAGUUCUUGAUGCUAAUUUAUGAUCUGUUAUGUAACGUUUCAGAGCUGUUUAUUGUGCAGUAAAGCACUGAAUGAUCUCAAAUACUUUUCUCUAAAUUCCUCAUCCUCAUGGCUCAUUUUUAAACCUCUCAUAAACUCUAAAAUUCUCUUUAAACUUAUUGUGUGCAUUUCUCAAUGCCAAGCCUGCAGAGCUCUUUUUUAUGCUGGCAACUGUAAUAUUUAAUUGAAUUCCAUGCUUGAGUUUUUCAGUUGGAUUCCUGAGGGAAGUAAAGGUAAAAAUGCAAACUAACUUAAUAGUUUAGUGAGAUACUUUCUGGCCUAGGAACAGUCCAUUCAGAGUGUUCAUUUUAAUAGCCAAUUUUUGACUCCGAGUGCCUCAAGGUGCUACAUCUUUUUAUGUGCAAUAUUCUUGAUCAUAUCAAUUGCCAUCAUAAACCAAAAGACUUUCAAAUUCAAACUGAAGGCAAUUUCAACAGAUGAUGAUUAGUCAUUUGUGUAAACUGCUUUUUUUAUACCAGUUGUGGUCAGGAGGCUAUUAAAGCUUUGUUCUGUUCUUAUUUUGCAUCAUUUUAGGUAGUUUGACUUGAGAAAUAUUUAAUGACCGGUAUGACUGGCGCAGCUGUUUCAUAUUAUUCUCGGCUGAUAAGACUGCAUGCAGUAAUUUUUGUUUGUUGAAUUUUAAUUGAACAUACAUAAAUUAUUGGCAAGGAUGUUUGAGGUUGUUCUUUUAAUCGGGCCCUUCAGUUGCACAUAUGUAAUUAUGCAUCUUGCCAUGUGUGACUGAACAUCAUCUUAGCAUAUUAUAUGUUUGCACUGUGCAGUUGGUUAUUGUUUUAGAGAGGACCCAUGGAUCAUCAUUUAUGCUAAACUGCAGGUUAUAUUCAUGGCACUCUGCAAAUACGUUUGUGAUUUAUUAUACAAUAUUAGAAGGAAAAAGCGAAUUGUAUUUAAAGAAUAAUUAUGAUCAAUAAGAUUAUCAAAAAUAAUGUUUUAUAAUGCAUUCUCUUUGAAACCAGCUUAAAUCUCCAUGACACUAAAAAAAUGUUUGCGCCACCCUGCCGAUUAAAAGAAAAUGAGCGAGGAAGAUGCAAAAGCAGUGUCUAGGAAAAAAGGAAGAGGCAAUGUAAUGUAUUUUCCUGGAGGUCAGAGCUCUAUGAAAUCGGUGGAUGUGAAAAUGGCACCCAUGACCAGUAAAUACAUUUGGAAGAUUGCAUAAGGGAGUAAAAAAUUGCUAGUUUUCUGUUUCUACCAAAAAGAGCUUUUGGCAAAUCCAAAUAAUAACCUCAGAGAAACGUCAGAGAAAACUGUGAUUUCUGAUUGCUUUGGAAAUUAUGGUGUUUGCAAAAGUGCACAGUUGUCAGUGGGAACCGGAAUACUUUUGUAAAUGGAUUUAACAUUUGACAUAUGCUCCCAGGCAGCGAUUACAGAGUAAAAUUAAUGAAACUGACAUGAGACUUAAUUAAUAGUGAAAUGAAUGUGGCUCAGGCUGCACUGUCAGACACCUAGUCGUGCUUAACUUGCUGUUGUCUGCUUGGGAAGCUGCUGAAUAGGCCAAUGGAAAAUAGAAUGAUUGCAUAAUACUUCAUUACCAAAUUAAAAGUUCCAGUGUAUCCAUGAGUACAAAAGCAGGUCUCAACAGUGCAUUGAGGUGAUAAAGAACAUCUGACUUGUGACCAUUCAGUGCUUUCAGUAUAUGAAUAUGACUGAUUCCUAUUUAGUCCACAGUGGUACAGUCUACACUAAAGCUGUUCCGAGCAUUGUAUUUAUGUUGCCAAAGGCAUCUUAUCUGAGUUUCUUUCAUAUAGAAAGGUUUAUUCAUUAUAUUUUUCUCUCAUCACAUACUCGCCCUUACAAACCCAUUUUGUUUUAUUUUUGAAGGAGAGCUUUCAAGGUUCAAGUAUAAGCACAUCUGUUCGUCACACUAAACUAAUGUAUGGCUUCAGAGGAAAUAUAUAAUUAAUGCAAACAUUGUACGGACUACUUUCAUGUUGCUUUUGAGUCUCCUUUGAAGCUCCAGUCACUCUUCUUUGUAAUUUCAUGGAAAAAAACAUCCAUUCAUCCAUUUUCCAAACUGCUGCUGCUAUGUAGAGAUGGGGAAAAUGUACCCAUAAAUGUACCAGAGGAAAAAGAAAGUCAUAUGAGUUUGGAAUUGAUUCUUUCUUGUUAUUGUAUUAUUUAAUGCAGAGAUUUUCAUACAUUUUUAAUGUGUAAUUAAAUGUCAGUACUUCUUUAAGUGGAACUACAGAACAUAAUCAUAAUUCAUAUGUACAGGCAAUAAGAGCUACCAGGUAAUAUUUGCAUGUGAAACCACCAGCAGAUCAUUUUAAAUCAUAACCCACCUGUGAAUGUCCUAAUACCAGAUGCCAAAUCACGGAUGCCACGAAGUGUGGCAAGUCUGCAUUAUAAAUAACAGGGUUUCAUGAAUGUAUUUCGAGUUUUACAUUUAUUUAUUGUGUAAGACAACGUGUACAGCUCUGGGACUCCGUUCACAGCUAGAGCUGUCAUUAGGCUUGUAUCAACAGAUGGUCGUGGUGCUGCUUGUGUGUUUUUGAUAAGAAAUGUUUGCAUAUGCUUGCAACUGUUUGACAUGUCUACUAACUGCUCUGAUGUGCUUGCCUUGUAAUGGUGUUUCUAAAGUGUGUCAUUAUUUGAUUCUGUGCUGCUUGUGUUUUCCAUUCACUGGGAUGGACUGGGUUUCAUGCCAUUAUCAUAAUUUAAUCUGGUAGGGGGUUGGGGUAUACCAAAGUGCUUCUGUAAAAGUAAGCGCCCCAUCCACAUUUUGCACAAAUGGUUUGAAAUGGUUGCCACAUUUUCCAUCAGUUGUGUUGCUGAGGAAUUAUUUCAAAUUGCAGUUUUGUUCAGGAAAUUGUUCAAAUCAUUGUGUUCUCAUUAUAUAACUAAUACCAGUCACUGAUUCAGUCAGUGGAUACAUAAAUGUUCAUAGUUGUUAUUUGGCUAAAAGGGAGUCCAUCUAUAUAUUAACAUUAAAAAACAUUGUAAAAAAAAAAAAAUUGAGAGAUAAAAUAAAAAAUAAAGAACUCGGAUUGAAUUUAUUUAUCAAUAGUGUCUAACUGAAUGGAAACGAAGGCAGGUUUUAAGAUGCAUUUUUAAGUUGACUGGCUCUUAUUCCCCUUAAAGUGUUGUACCAAUGAGAGUUAAUUUAAAAGGACCAAAACUCAACAUUCUGUCAUUAUUUACUCACCCUCAUGUCUUUCUUGAAAUCCUGCUAGAUAAUGCCUUAGCUGUUUCACGCAAGAAAGAAAAUCAUGUGGGAUUGUAAAGACAUGAGGCAUUUUUAGGCAAACUAUUGCUUUUCAUUAACAUUACAAAUAAAACAAGCACUUGUAUAUAGAUAAUUAAAUGAAAGUUGUAUUUAUAUUCAGAUCUCUGGCUUAAAUGCUUGCUUGAAACUGGGUUGAAGUCCAUUGGUGGAGAUUUCAAGGGGUCGAACAACUCCUUGACAUUUUGUGCAGAAGUUCACAAUCAGACAAGACUUGUUGAUCAUGUCAUGACCACUAUUUAUGUACAAACGUAUCGCCUGUGCUAACAAUUUUUUGUGUUGUGACACAAAAGUUCACACAUCUCUGCAGGCAAAGAUAUUUAUGUCCUAUUUAUGCUUUGUACUUUCUGUUUUUAUGUUUUGUUUUGUUUUUUCUUUUUCUUCUUCUUAACUGUUUACACUUGAUGUGAUGAGAGCAUUUUCCAUUAAUUACAGAAUUGUGAUCAGCUUUGUAAUCAGAAUUGUUGUCUUUUGUUUCAGUGUUAAUGAGUUUGCCUUUGCUUCUGUAAUUGAAAACACAAGACAACAUGCCCUCUGGUCAUCUACCAGUCAAUUAGCAAUUGUUUAAUUUGUUCACUGCAAUCUAAAAUUAAAUGAGAUUUAAUGAGAUUAAAGGGGUCUCAUGGGUUGUUUCCAUAAAUAAUAACAUAAUUUGGAUAAUUAUUGUUAAUCUUCUCUCUAAAAGCAGUGUAGCUAAUAUACUUAGAUGUAUUAUAAAAUUCUCAAUGUUGAAUGCUUUUUAAAAACGUUAACAUUAUUUCUUGAUUAUUUAG